UCUCUUUCUCAGACCCUCGACUGGGGGAGAAAGCCUGGCAGAUUCUCUCUGGGCCGUGGGGAGGGCAGGGGCCGCCGGGGAGCAGGGGGAUGGGAAAGGGGGCCCGUGGCUGGGCCUGGGAGCGGAGGCUCUUGUCUUGUGGGCAGGAAGUGUGAGGUGCAGAGCAGCUAGGGAGCCCAGGGGAGGCCACGGGGAGCGGAGUGGGAGGGGUGAGCAUGUGGGGGUGAGGGGAGCGGAAGUCGGAAGCUCCCGCCGCCACAUUCAUCAUUCACGGGGUGGGCGGUCCGUGCAGCAGGAACUGCUCCUGGGAGCCCAGACCCGUUCAUCCCUUCCUGGGUCCUUUGGAGGGUAGAUGUGGAUUCCCAGUUGCCCGCCCUGGCCAGCACUCCCCCUGAUCCACACAAUGGGAUUGUGAAGGCGGACACUGCUGGGGGCUCCUGCGCACCUUGCACUCUGUGGAUGAUGGGUGACGACAGACUCUCUGAACACCCCGAACCUGUGGAAUUUCUCAACAUCUAUUUGGGAGACAAACUGCAGCCCCACCCCGGAGCACACCUGAGGGAAACAUGCGGCCGUCCUGACCCUCUGAAACCUUGCGGGGAACAGACCUGUGCUUCUGACCCUCCUGAUUGCACAAGGCGAGAUGCUUCUCCCAGGGGCUCCAGCGCAGAACCCACGCACCUGGGGAGCGGCUCUUCCCAGGGGGACCCGAGGCAGAGCCAGAGCACAUCCACCCAGGUGGUGUUCUGGGCGGGCAUCCUGCAGGCCCAGAUGUGCGUCCUGGACCUCGAGGAGGAGCUGGAGAAGACAGAGGGGCUCAAGGCCGAGCUAAGAUGCUGCCUCCCCCCAGCCCCUGCAGACCUCCCCACUUUCCCCUCCAGCCCUGUGGGCCCCCGGGAUUCAGGCCUCCGCCCCAGCCUCCCUGUGGAGGACGCCUUGGGGGAAGAUAGCAGUGGGCCUGAAGGGGAGAACCAGAACCCUGUGUGGCUGGGGAAGGGAGCCCCAGACUCUUCCCCGGAGUGGGGUCCUGAGGAGGAGAGCGUGUUCUUCGACAACCCCCUCUUCCUGGACAGCCCUUGCUCGGACACCAGUGCUUCCGAAGAGCACUUUUCCUGGGGGUUCCCAGACUCCCCAGCAGAUGUGAGGACUGGGCCCCAGAGCCCACAGACCCUGGAGCCUCCCCUCCCAGGAGGCAGGGUGCCCUGGGAGCUGGGAAGUGAGCCGGGUUUAGAGGACGGCACAGCUGAUUCCAGCAGGUCCACCACCCCUCCGUUCCCUGUGCCCAUCUACAGACCGCACUUCUCCUGGGCCACAGUGGACGCCACCGACGGGGCUUUUGCAGCACCUCCUGGCCAGGGGGAGAGUGAGUCCUCUCCGGGAGACAGCCUUGGCCCUGCCCCACCUGCAGCAUCCAGCGUGGACAAAGUGUUGACCUGGGAAAUAGGACAAGUCGGAUCUGAACCUAGCCCUGCCACACAUCCUGUGCAACCUUGGUGCCUCCAGGGCUCUUGGAGAUGCCUGGCCCUCUCUCAACAGGCCCUGCCCAGCCCUGAGAGUUCACGGACAGAAGCUUGUCCCUCAUGGCCCCAGGUGCCUCUUAUCUCCCAGGACAGAGGUGACGGAGAUGCUGAGCGUCCCCAGGAGUCUGCUCCCUGCACCUUGGCCCCUGGCCCCUGGGGGAGCCCAGCCUCUUCGCCAGAGCCUGGCAGCCCUGAGCCUGAGAGUGGAGGCCGCAGCCCCAGGCCCAGCGCUGUGUCUUCCCAGGGAGGCAGCCCACAGCUCCGGGGCCGCCACUCGAGCAGCACUUUUCCCAAGUGGACACUAGAUGCUUCCUGCUCGUCACUUGUGGAGACAGAUGGGGCAGAGCCAAGUUCCCUGGAGAAAGAGGAGGCAAGAGAGGCCCCAAACCCAGGGAAGGAAAUAAAGAGUGAAGGCCCAGCGAGGACCUCAGAGGCUGGAGCCGUCCAGCCUGACCUUCACUUGACUUCUGCGCAAGGGCUUCCUGAGAGCCCCAUGCUCCAAGCGCAGUGCUCAGAGGAAGGCCACAGGCCUCAGGCUGGAGAUAAGCUGGCUAACGGCGUCAGGACUGACAAGGUGGCCUGGAACUUGGCCUCUCGCCUUUAUCACCUGGAGGGCUUCCGGAAGUCUGAAGUGGCUGCCUACCUGCGGAAGAACAAUGACUUCAGCAGGGCUGUGGCCGAGGAGUACCUGUCCUUUUUCCAGUUUGGAGGCCAGAGCCUGGACCGUGCCCUCCGGGGCUUCCUCCAGGCCCUGGUGCUCAGUGGGGAGACGCAGGAGCGGGAGCGAAUCCUCUACCAGUUCUCCAAACGCUUCCAUCACUGCAAUCCUGGGGUCUUCUCCUCAGUAGAUUCUGUACACACCUUGACCUGUGCCAUCAUGCUCCUUAACACGGACCUGCACGGACAGAACAUUGGGAAGAGCAUGAGCUGCCAGGAAUUCGUAACCAACCUGAACGGCCUGCGGGACGGCGGGAACUUCCCCAAGGAGCUGCUGAAGGCCCUCUACUGGUCUAUCCGAAGUGAGAAGCUCGAGUGGGCUGUGGAUGAGGAAGAUACAGCUGUUCCCGAGAAGGCCCGGCCGUCUCCCCACACCGGCAAAUCGAGCAACCCCUUCCUCCAGCUGGCCCAGGACCCCACGGUGCCCACUUACAAACAGGGCAUCCUGGCUCGGAAGAUGCAUCACGAUGCCGAUGGCAAGAAGACACCGUGGGGCAAGCGCGGCUGGAAGAUGUUCCACACUUUGCUGCGAGGGAUGGUCCUCUACUUCCUGAAGGUAGGAAGGGAGGGCCCGAACGGUUGGGAGGGUGGGCAACUGAUGAAAACCUCUUUUCUGAGCCCGUGUGCCCUGUGGCAGGGAGAGGACCAUGGUUCUGAGGGGGAGAGUUUGGUGGGGCAGAUGGUGGACGAGCCCGUGGGGGUGCACCACUCGCUGGCCAGCCCGGCCACCCAUUACACCAAGAAGCCACACGUCUUCCAGCUGCGGACUGCUGACUGGCGCCUCUACCUCUUCCAGGCACCCACUGCCAAGGAGAUGAGUUCCUGGAUCGCGCUCAUCAACCUGGCUGCCGCCACGCACUCGGCGCCGCCCUUCCCCGCCGCGGUGGGCUCCCAGCGCAGAUUCGUGCGGCCCAUCCUGCCGGUGGGCCCCGCCCAGAGCUCCCUGGAGGAGCAGCAUCGAUCCCACGAGAACUGCCUGGACGCUGCCUCCGACGACCUGCUGGAUCUGCAGAGGAACUUACCGGAGCGGCGGGGCCGAGGCCGAGAACUGGAGGACUACCGCCUGCGGAAGGAGUACCUGGAGUACGAGAAAACCCGCUACGAGACAUACGUGCAGCUGCUGGUGGCCCGGCUGCACUGCCCCUCAGAUGACCUGGACCUGUGGGAGGAGCAGCUGGGGAGGGAAGCUGGAGGCGCCUUGGAGCCCAAGCCCAGCCUGAAGAAGUCCCACUCGAGCCCAUCCCUGCACCAUGACGAGGCCCCCACCACGGCCAAGGUGAAGCGCAACAUCUCAGAGCGCAGAACCUACCGGAAGAUCAUCCCCAAGCGGAAUCGCAAUCUGCUGUGAAGCCGGUGCCACCUCACAGCCUCUGGCCCCAUGCUGUGGGGUGGACCUGAGAUGAAACCCUGCGGAGGAGCCUCUUCUCAGUGGGUCCGUGAUGGGGGAUGAGGCCCCCCACUUCCCUGCUGAAGGACAACCUCCAUUCCCCUGUGGUCCUCAUUCCCUCCCUUGCUCGCUCACUGGAACUUUCCUAAUACUGCAGUGCCCGCCCGCAUGGCAGUCCCUGGCCACUCCUGAGGGAGCAGGGAGGUCAAGGAUUUGGCUCCACUCCCAGAGUUUGUCCUGUGUCACUCUCCACCCCUCCAGAUCCAGCGUGGCUACGUUUCCUGGACCUGGGGGCAGCUCAGCGCUUGUUUGAGAACCAGAGCACAUGUGGGCCCUGGGCUCCCAGGAGAGAGCCUGGGCAGCAGAGCCCUCUGGACAGUCAAGCUAGGGGACCCUCAGCCCUGAGGAUGGGCUUGCUCUGGGCAUCAGGUGACCUGCUGGGUGAGGUCCUCGGAGACCCCAAGCAGCCUCAUGGGACUGAGGGAGCAGGGUUGCUCAGGCCCGGCCCACUGAGUGGACAGCGUUCUGGGCAGGGGCAGGGGCAGGGGCAGGGACUCGGCAGGCUUCAAGGGCUCAGUGAGGCUGACUCUGGGGCCCGUGCCUUUGUCUCCUUUUCCCCUACAGUCAUCCGUGCACCAGGGGCAAAUGAGAGAGGCCCCGCCUUACACGUCCAAUUGCUAAUCAACAGAGCAGAGCCAAUGGCGGUCAGUGAGGGCCGAAAGGGGGUGGGGGCCUCCAGAGCUCUGUGGAGAGCCCUGGGAACAAGGGGCCCUUGUUCUCUCCGAGAACCUCCAGGCAGAGAAGGGGGUUCUCCAGGUUCGACCCCCAGAGAGCUGAGAAGUAAGAGGUGGUGAUGGAUCCCCUUGGGGGCUCUCUUGGCAAGAGCCAUGGCUGAGGAGAGUUGUGAGGGUCGUGGUGGAGGCCUGGCUUCCCUCCACACACUCCAUUCCCAAGGGGUGCCAAGACCCCUUCCCUCCCCUGGCCAGCUCAGAGGGGGCUUUGCUGCCCUCCAUGGGAAGUCCCCCUUGCUGUCUUCUGGCUGCCUCCCAGCUGGGCCGGUUCUCUGGGGGAGGUUCCGGACACUCACGGACUUGAGGCUCUGCCUGUGGGAAGGAGGCUGGGCUGGGGGAGCAGCCACCAUUGUCUCUGUUCAGCCAAGUGUGCCAGUAGGCUGCCCGCCAAGAGGGGCCUCUCUGCUGCCCGCCUGCUGCCUGCUGGCUGACGCACUGCCUCUCCAGCCUUCCUGCUGGGCCCCCUCCUCCCGUCCAUGCUUGUAACCAGCCCUGGGCCCUGGAACUCGACCGAGUGGGGCCGGCCCUUGAGGGCUGUGAGGGGUAUCUGACCAGGGCCUGGGGCUGGGCCAUGCACCCAAUGGGUGCGCAAUAAAUACAGACCAACGAA